AUGGGUAAGAAGCACUCUGAAUCCCUGGAUUCCGGUAUAGGACCGCUAUCACAGCCCGCCCAUGCCCUACCUUACGAGAUCGUGCUUAAGGAGCUCAACACCGAUAUCAACGAGGGACUCACGGCCGAAGAAGCGAGCUGCCGUCUUCAGCAGUAUGGACCUAACAAGUUGGAUGAAGGCGAGGGUGUAUCUGUUGUUAAUAUACUCGUCCGCCAGGUGGCGAAUGCGAUGAUGCUUAUCCUGAUUAUGGCUAUGGCCGUUAGCUUUGGCGUACAGUCCUGGAUUGAAGGGGGCGUGAUAUCUGCCGUGAUCGCUAUCAAUAUCGUUGUUGGAUUCUUCCAGGAAUAUGCGGCAGAGAAGACGAUGGAGUCCCUGCAUUCGCUGAGUUCGCCUACAGGUGUUGUCUCCCGAAAUGGGAUGACCCAUUCGAUUCCAUCAGUGAAUAUUGUUCCAGGCGAUAUGGUUGAACUAAAAACCGGUGACACGGUGCCCGCAGAUCUCAGACUAGUUGAAGCUGUUAAUUUCGAGACUGACGAAGCUUUAUUAACGGGUGAAUCUCUGCCAGUCCAGAAGGACUGCGAUGCUACCUUCAAAGCGGACACCGGCCCUGGAGACCGCUUGAAUAUAGCCUUCAGCUCUAGCACUGUUACUCGAGGUCGCGCACGCGGCGUUGCUAUUGCAACUGGAAUGGCCACUGAGAUCGGGUCUAUCGCUGCGGCACUCCGCGCCAACGACAGCAAGCGCCGCCCCGUAAAACGUGGUCUAGAUGGCAAGGCCAGAAAGAGGUCUUAUCUCCAGGCCUGGACCUUAACCGGGUAUGACGCUGUUGGCCGCUUUCUUGGCGUCAACGUUGGGACUCCGUUACAGAGAAAGUUGUCAAGACUGGCCGUCCUACUUUUUGGCGUGGCGGUUAUCUUUGCCAUCAUCGUGAUGAGUGCCAAUAGCUGGAGCGAUAACAAUGAGGUUAUUCUGUAUGCCGUGGGCACAGGGUUGAGUAUGAUUCCUGCCUGCUUGGUAGUUGUUCUCACUAUCACGAUGGCUGUGGGGACCAAGCGUAUGGUAGAACGGAACGUCAUCGUACGCAAGCUGGACUCCUUAGAGGCUUUGGGAGCCGUCACGGACAUCUGUUCUGAUAAGACCGGGACAUUGACGCAGGGCAAGAUGGUGGUAAAGAAAGCUUGGAUUCCUUCUCGUGGCACCUAUUCCGUGGGAACAACAAAUGAGCCAUUCAACCCGACUGUUGGCGACGUCAGUUUCUGCCCCGUCUCUCCCUUGCAGUUCAAUGAGGAAAAAGACAGGGAAGCUGUCUCCAACGCUGAAGAAUUGGUCAAUGAUAACCGCUCGUUGGAAGACUUUCUCGACGUUGCAGCUAUGGCUAACCUGGCUCGCGUCUACAAGUCUGACCAGGGAGAAUGGCACGCUCGGGGAGAGCCGACUGAGAUUGCAAUCCAAGUAUUCGCUUCGAGGUUCAAUUGGAACUAUGGUCGGUGGACUAAGGGUGAGAGAGCAGUGUGGCACCAAAGAGCCGAGUUCCCUUUCGACUCGACUGUCAAGAAGAUGUCUGUCAUUUUUACUAAGAGGACGGGUCAAGAGGAGCGAUCCAUGGUGUUCACGAAAGGUGCUGUCGAGCGUAUUCUUGAUGCGUGCACGACUGUCGUCUGGGACCGGGAUUCAACAACGCCCGUGGCAAUAACUGAGGAAUAUCGCAAUUUGAUCCUUGAGAACAUGGAGGAACUUGCCAAACAGGGACUUCGGGUGUUAGCACUAGCACACAAACUGUAUACCACAAACACCGUGUUUCUCGAAGACUCGGACCUCAACCGGGACGAGAUUGAAAAGGAUCUUUGCUUCCUGGGACUGAUUGGUUUGUACGAUCCACCUCGACCAGAGACUGCAGGGGCAAUUGGAUCCUGCUGCAAGGCCGGUAUCGUUGUGCACAUGGUUACCGGAGACCACCCUGGAACUGCCAAAGCCAUCGCGCAGCAGAUCGGCAUCGUACCGGCUGACUUCAGCAAAGUAGCUGCUGAUGUUGCAAAUGCUAUGGUUAUGACUGCCAGCCAGUUUGACAAUCUCUCGGAAGAGGAGAUUGAUUCCCUUCCCACGCUUCCCCUGGUUGUUGCGCGCUGUGCUCCUCAGACAAAAGUGCGCAUGAUUGAUGCCCUUCACCGGCGUGGUUGCUUUGUUGCCAUGACAGGUGAUGGAGUCAAUGACUCCCCGUCCCUAAAGCAUGCAGAUGUAGGCAUUGCCAUGGGGCAGACUGGAUCUGAUGUAGCCAAGGAUGCCUCAGACAUAGUCCUAACCGAUGACAAUUUCGCAUCCAUUCUCAAUGCGAUCGAAGAAGGCCGCCGAAUCUUUGAUAACAUUCAGAAAUUUGUACUUCAUUUGCUCUCCGAGAACAUUGCCCAGGCAUGUACUUUGCUCAUCGGCCUUGCAUUCAAGGAUGAAGAAGGUCAAUCGGUAUUCCCACUGGCACCUGUAGAGAUUAUGUGGAUUAUCAUGAUCACGUCCAGCUUUCCCGAAAUGGGACUGGGCAUGGAAGUCGCAGCCCCAGACAUCAUGGACCGUCCACCGCAAAGCAAACAAGGUAUCUUUACAUGGGAGGUGACGAUCGACAUCCUCGUAUACGGCCUCUGGAACGCAGCUCUAUGCCUUACCUCCUUCUCCUUGAUGGUCUGGGGAUUUGGCGACGGCAACCUAGCUCGUGGUUGUAACCGUGGCUACUCCCCCGAGUGCGAUCUAGUCUUCCGUGCCCGCGCCACGACAUUUGUCUGCCUGACCUGGUUCGCCCUCUUCCUGGCCUGGGAGAUGAUCAAUCUGCGCCGCUCAUUCUUCCGCUUGCGCCCAUGCACUUCCAAGUAUCUCACCCAAUGGAUAUACGACGUAUGGCACAACAAAUUCCUCUUCUGGGCUGUCGUGGCUGGCUUUGUCACUAUCUUCCCAAUCCUCUAUAUCCCCGUCAUCAACCACUCAGUGUUCAAGCAUAGCGGCAUUUCAUGGGAAUGGGGGAUUGUCUUCGUUGAGACCGUUCUGUUCUUCCUCGGGAUUGAAGCCUGGAAAUGGGCUAAGCGUGUCUUCUUCCGUCGGACUGACAGGAAGCGACGGAGUUGCAGCAGAUGCAGGGAGACGAGGAGCAGCUUCAUGUCUGAUGUAGAGGCGAGGAACUGA